UGGGUGUUCACAAGUUGUCGAGACGUCGUGCUGUGCGGGGCCGAGUGACAUAUCCGCAUUCGGUGUACGUUGUAGUCUAUUCUAGAGGUGCACACGCGCAGAACAUCACGUUCGUCGGAUUGCGUGCCCCGUGAGUCAUUGUUGUGUUGACAGUCGAACCAGGUCGGUCCUCGUGUCGGCCACUGAGAACCGAUACGAAACACCAUUGGGCCACGAGUCUCGGUUGCCGUUCGUGUGCGACGAGUUUCGCGAACGACACGCUACGCACCUUUUUGCGUCUCAACCUUCGGGUAUCCCGAUAUCGCGGCUCGUUAAAAUACGUGGCGAGUGUCGCGUAUACAUAAUACGGUGGUAGGUGGUUCCGCGAAUCAAGUGCGGAUCGAAGAACAGUGGGCAUCUGGCGACAGCCGGCUAUGCGAUAAAAAGAGGCUGUGGAUGAAUUUCUCGGAACACGGCCGCGCUACGUGGGUUAUGUAACGACUAGUGAAAAACUAGAUACACGGUAGUGCUUCGAGUGGAAUACGCGAAUACGUUAAGUGAACAAGGAAGAGUAAAAAAGAGAGACGGACUCAUUGACGUAGCGGUGAUCGUGUGCGCGUAUCAAGUGACUGUAGAAAUCCACUGUGCUCCGGUUGAGCCGUGAACAUUCGAUUAUCAAACGCGAAUCAGUCCCGCGGCAUCGAUGGUGCGAAGCUCGACGAUGGAUCAGACGUUCUACGAGGACACGAGCGUCUACGGCGCCGUGAAUCGCGAGAACAACGUGGGCCAGCUGAAGCGUAACUUAACGCUAGACCUGAACGGAUGUCAGGGGCCGCAAUCGAAAAGGCCACGAUUAGGACCAUUGCCACCGGUGUUGAACAACGUGACACCAAUACUAAGCUCCCCAGACUUAAAUAUGUUGAAAGUGGGUUCGCCGGAUUUGGAGAAAUUCAUAGCUCAGCAUGGCGAGAGUUUGGUAACGAAUCUACCGACACCCAUCCUGUUUCCAAAAGUAGUCACCGAAGCUCAGGAGUUGUACGCUCGGGGAUUCGUCGAGGCCUUAAACGAGCUGCAUCAUUCCGACAGUUCGCAGGAGCCUGGUAACAUUCACGGAGCCACGUACACUACGUUGGAGCCGCCGAACAGUGUACAGAGCACGGAAUCGUCGAUGAGCAUGGUGCAGAUCAAGGACGAGCCUCAGACGGUGCCGAGCGUGUCAAGUUCGCCACCAAUGUCGCCGAUUGAUAUGGAGAACCAGGAAAGGAUUAAGCUGGAAAGGAAACGUCAGAGGAACCGUGUCGCUGCGUCAAAGUGUCGAAGACGUAAACUGGAGCGCAUUUCCAGGCUGGAGGAUAAAGUGAAGCUAUUAAAGGGCGAGAAUACUGAGCUCAGCGCUGUGGUGAAUAGGUUGAAGGAGCACGUGUGUCGGCUGAAGGAGCAGGUGAUGGACCACGUGCAUUCGGGAUGUCAGAUCAUGCCCGUGUCUGGCCAGUACUGAGCCGACGGCACCUGACGAGACUCCUUUGGACGUCUAGCGUUGAGUCUGAAGGUGCCUGAGGUCUGUUUUGCUAAACACGUUGACGGUUUCUCUUAGUAAAGGAAAAAGGGAAGCUGUUGAAAGAACAAACCGUCGCUGCUGGUUCGCGUCGUUUACGAUUCCUGGUUCUCGGGAAAAGAGGACACGGUGAUGAUCGUGCGCGAAGAAGAAAAGGAGUGCCUUGACGUGCCGAGCGUGAAACAUUUCUUUUUCCAAAAAGGUACGCGACGUGGAUAAUAUUCAGCCAAAUGCCUCUCUUCUCGUUGCCUGUGCGUGUUCGAUUGCUUUUCAUGCAUACACAAGUGAAAUGCAUGUAGAGAAGCAGGAGGGAGAGAGACGGAGUCGAAUAGUGCAUGGGUUCAAGAAGAGGAGGAAAGAGAGGAGAGGAGGAAAGAGAAGAAAAAGGAGAGAGUGGGUGGGACUUCGUGGAGAGGAGUGGGACCCUGCGGCGCGGCCAUUUUGGAGAACCGCGAGUACUGGCGGGAAAUUCAAAUUUCUUGAUUCUCUUUUUUUCUAGAAAUCUUACGUAUUAUAAUUUCGUGAAGGAAAAGCGAUUAACAUGUUCUUGAUUAAUUCCGAGAUAUUUUUCUGUAUAUUUUUCCAUCCUAUCUGUAUUGGAUUCUCUGGAAAUACGUAAAUACGAAAUAUAUUAUAGAAUAUUAUAUUUUUAUUAGCAGAACUAUAUUGGAAGUACGAAUUAUAUAAAUUGACAGUUAAAUACAAAUAUAGUAGGUUUCCAUUUAAAAUGAGUUGUUCGAUAAUUGUCUUGUGAUCAUCUGUAUCGUUUUUCAUCUUUUCUUUCUUCAAUUUUGUAACGAAUACACUGUACAUUAAGUUACCUCGAAAUCUUUCGGAAGAAAUUGCGUUAUUUUAUUUUUGAAGUUUCCUCAGGAUGACGAGAAUCCUUGCGUGGCCAUCUCGUGAUAAUCUUUGCAAUCACGAAAAGAAGUGACAAAUUCUACCAUCAUGUUAGAGAAUGUUAGUUCGCUUUUUCUUCAAAUCAACCAACGUUCGAUGCAAUGUUUUAUCUAAUUAAACGAAUCGCGAUGAAGAACUCGUAUAGUGUAAAGGAAAUCACUAUUACAUAGAUAUGCGCGCAGAAUAAUGACUAAAAAGCAAAAAAAACAUAGGUAGAUUAAGAGAACUUACCUGUGGGAGGGACGGAGACGUGAAAUGAAGGAAAAAUGUGCUUUCUAAAGUAAUGUUAAUACCAAGUUUCUAGUACGUAUUUGAUCGAUGAAUUCUCUUUAAUCGUUUCAAGGUGCUGUAGAAAAAUCUUUUUUCUCUUUCUUAACCUUUAGAUCGCCGGAGAGCCGAAAUAUCGGCUCAAGAAUUAAUGACGACUUUAUACGUAUAUCUUUGAUAUAUCUAUGAUAUAAAUUAUAUGUGACUUUUUAAUGAAGUUUGUAUUUAACUGAUCCCGGCGGCCUAAAGAUUAGAUGAGUUUAUGAAAGUAUUUGAUUAUUUUGUCAAUUCGAUAUUUUAUGAAUUAACAGAAAAACACGGUUUUUCGAUACCGUAUUGUUUUAAGGCUGUACAAAAUAGAGUUAGCGUCCGGAGCAGUUGCCGGCGUUGAAAUCACCGCGUUUAAAGGACGUUUCUCGUAUUUCCAUUCAGUGACGAGAUUUUUUUUAGUACGCGGUGCGAUCACGUCUACUCUGUGCGAAAGAGCCCCCGAGAGAUCUUUGCCUUUCCGUUUUCUUUGCGUAGCUUUUAAGCCGGAGACUACGUGUUUACCCAUUUACCUGGUUCCAAGGAUAUUGAUCAUGUUUUUGGAACCAUCGUUUCGUCAUAUGUGCAUCUAGUCUUGUCCAGUAUGCCCUCUUGUUGCACAGUGCUGUGUCACUCGCUGGUCCAUAUAAAAAACAUGAAUGUAGACGUACCAGUCACGUGCGCGUACGCUCGGUUCUGUUACCACGUGUCACGACGAUUUGCAUUUAAAAAGAACACUUGGUUCUCUUCUUUUUAUGAUACGAUACGUGAAAUAAUGGAUUUCGAAUCUGAUUUUCUUUUUCUAUUUCGACGAAGUAACGUGGUAACAAAAUCGUACGACGUUACCGUUGUGCCAUUACGAAGGAAUCGCCUGUUUAAAAAUGAAACGGAGUUUUCUCCCGGAGUGUCACAACACUUUCGCGUACAGAGAACAAUAUUCAAUAAUUAUACUGCGGAUUGUAUGAAUUUAUAUACAAAAUUAGAUGUGAAGAAUGUAAAAUAUAUAUGCAUGAAGUAUCAACAGUAAAAUGCAUAUUACAUUCUCACACGACCUUAUUUUUCGAAUUGGCACCCUACAAGUUUUAUAUCGCUUAAAAAUCCGUAGUAACAAUCAUGAUUGAAUAGUUAAACAUAUUUUCGGACAAUUCUUGCAAUGAACAAUCGCGUGAACGGGUCUUGACAUUCUUUUAUAUUUUCGUAACCAAAUAUUAAUAUUGGGAUUUGGGAAGUUCAAACAUGUUAACGUAACAAAUAAAAAUUUUAUUAAUUUGAACAUUUCACCUAUUUCAAAACUUUAACAAGAAUUCGCAAUUCUUUUUAAUAUGAACGAAUACUUUUUUGUUUUUAUAACAUUUAACCCCUUUUUCCCUUUUCGAGAGUUAGAUUUCGAAAAACGUGUUGUGAUCCUCCGCGGCUACAAGCUCGUUUAAUUGGGAGAUGUAGAUUUAAUAUUGUAUUAGUGUAACGGACGAACUCGAUACGAUUCGUCGUCGGGAGAUUGCAAUUCGACGAAAGUAUAGAAAUUCAUGCGCUAUUUUUAGAUACAUCUAUAUUGUAAUGAUACAUAUAUAAUGCUGACUCGGAAAAUGCUGAUCGUGUUAUACCUUGUUUCUUUCUUUCAACUUGCCUGCAGAGUAAAAAAACUGCGAGAUCGACACGCUCGAGAUUAGAGAGCAUAUGUGCUAUACUCUUCUAAAGAGUAGCAUCGCCAUUCUCGCAGCUGUUAUCAAGAGAGUUUCAGGUUUCCAUCGUGCUCUAUUCCAGAAUAAAGUCAAACCGAAUGCUCCACCGAAAAGAGCUUCUGGCCUCAGCGAAUGGUUUUCUUCGAAUUAGCAUUAUAUACGUGGGGUAGUUGGUACAACUUGUUCGAACGAAGGGAAGAAAAAUGAAAAAUGUUCAAUUUUAUUCGAUGUGACUAGGCCGUGGAUUUCAUGCAUUUAUAGAGAAAUUGUACAUGCAGAAAAUAUAAACACAUUUCUCAAAUACAGGAUGUCUCAAAACGUGUAUAAACACGUUAAAUAAUCAUAAAGUCGGUAUUUAUUAAAAUAUAUUUCAUUCUCAAAAUGUAAUAGAAUCUACAUUGUUUAAUAAGUAUAUAUUUUUAUGGGACACCCUGUAUGUAUGGAAUACCAAACGCAAUGAAUAUUGCAAUGUGUAAAAGAUAAAAUUCUUUAUUUAAGAUACAUUAAUUAAGUUAAUACAUAAUUUGGUUUGCAGAAAAAUCCGCAGUCUAGAUAUAACAACUAUUUGCCUUCUUUUUAUUUUAAUCCGUUCUUUUAAUUUAUUUUAUUCAUAAUUUUAUUGCUAUUUCGAAUUGUGAAAGAAGCUAUGUGAUUUUCUCGCAUUUUCUUCCCCUCCUUUGACACGCGACUUUCGGCACAUAACUUGACAAUUUUUCACGUAUAUUUAUUUUUAUUUUCAAAAAUAUUAGAAGGAUAAGAGUGCUCUGUUUUCUCUUGCUUGAAUAUAUCUCUUUAUCUUUGUUCCACGAGCUUCCCUUUCUAUUUUCGAUUCAAAAGUUAUCCUUUUAAUAUUUGUUUGAACAAAAGUAUUUGUUAACACAAAAGAUGUGAGAAGGUAGAAAUGUUUUCUAUGAAUAAUGGCGUGCCUUUUUCUCAAACUAGUAACAAUAAAGAGAAUACUGUAACAGUUAUCAAUAAUCACCAGCAAUCCUAAACGAUCAACCUGAAUUUUUCUUAACAGUAGGUGUUUUCACAUUAUUUUCGUUUUAAUUCAGAUGAACUCACUGAAACUAAAUUAAAUAGAAAAACCAGAGAAUUGCUGCUGAAAAUAUAUUUUUCUGUUACAACGAACAAGUGUUAGUUUGACUAGCGAUCAAUCGGAUACGCUGUAAAAUUGAGAUAAUGCCAGGAUUUUUAGGGUAUGAGCGAGCGGAGAAAACCGAUGGCACAAAGAAACGUAUGAAAGUAAAGAUGAAACAACCACAAUGUGAUUUAGUAUGUAAGGGCGAGAAUAACCCCGUUAAAAGAGGAACGUGUACGUGUGCAUAUAAGCAAAUUGGAAAUUCGACGUAUGCGUACGUACACGUUGUAUUAUAAGUAUAUAUAAAUAGCUGUACGGUGACGAGAAUGCGACGAUGACAAAAGCA